GUAACCGUGCUGAGGACCAUCACAUGUUGACAACAAACCCUGUAACUGUGUAAGGCUGUAUGUAGUCGUAACUCGUAAGCCCCGCUGGCGCUGGGACAAGAAGAUGUUUUCAGGGCUUCGGCGAAAAGUGAGUAGUUGUGUGUUGCUCCCUUCGUAUACCAUUGUAUACGUAGUAGCUCGCGCUCCCCCCCCCCCCCCCUCUACUUGUUGUUGUUGUUGUUGCUUGUGUAAAAAAAUGCAGCCCCGCCCCAUUCAUGACCUGAAAGUUGAAACGCACACCGCUCAUGCGCUCGCGCGAUCGCGAGUCGCGACCCAUUGAGGGGGAAAUCCCGCGGCCUGGAGGCGCCACUCCCGAGUACUCGAGAAAAUCACCGAUUGGACAAGAAACGAACAAAUCGUUCGAGCUCGUUCUUGAAUGAACCAUUGAAUAGGAGGCGUUGUUGAGAGAACCAACCUUGACCGAAGCAUAUUGCUGACAUACAAGUACCUGCCUGACAUCAAUUCACCUGGGAUAAUACUGCUUACAAGUAGAUCUUCGCUCCAACGCUAGUCUGCGGUAACGUCUUCCCUUUGGCUUAUUUUUAUUAUUAUUAUAAUUAUUCUGGCUGCUUGAGUUUUGGGGGCCAGCUUCCUCCAAGUCCAAGAUGAUAUCUUUUGAGAAGUUUUCUCAGCUUCAUAAACACCAACUGGAUAGUGUGGGAUUGCCUGGUGAUCUGUGGCGAAGACUUUUCGAUAAACUCUCACCGUCAGAGCGUCUGGAUGCUACUGAGAAAUUUCACAUCGAUGUUUCUAAUGGAGCUACUAGGCUGAUAGUUCAAGAUGACCAACGCCUUGCAGCUAAUUCGGACGUGUUUCUCAGCAGGCACUUGCUCUUUAGUGAUGGCAACGCGGAGGCGCGUCUGAAACUGGAGAAGUUCUCCAGUACACAGCUAAAGCGCUUGGAGAGCGUUCUGUGCUCGCCACCGGCCAGCCUGCCAGCCAGUGUCGGCUCAGAUGGUGUAGUGUGCAGCCAGCUGGCAAAGCUGUGUGACAUCAGUGAAAGUGAAGCCAGUAAGCUGCUGACCGACAGCAAGUAUGACGUCACGAAUGCUCUAUGGCGGUACUACGAUCCUGAAGCUCCUCAGCCACCGGUUCCCGAGAGCGGUGCCGAUGCCAUUCCUAAUGAGCUGAGGGACGUGUCAUUUGCAGAAUUCAAGCAGGCAUUGGACGGCACAGAGCAGGCUUCAGCCAGUGAAGAUGUUCUACAAGGACUGUACAAAGAGUUCUGCCGGCGACGAAAGGCCAAUCAUGAGCACGAUCGAGGUGACGUAGAACAUAUCACUACCAAGUACUCCUGGACGCAAGAGAAUGAAGAUCAUCCUGGCAGUGGAGAUGAGGGCACGAUUACCGUGAGAAUACCCGUUCCAAAGGAGACGAAGAAAGCUGAUAUUGCGAGCAAGUUGUCACGGCAGCGGUGGACGUUCGCCCUGAAAGGCAGCAACCCUGUGUUUGAUGGCGCUCUCUUCGCAGCAUGCAUACCAGAUGAGAGCUAUUGGACUCUGGGCAAGGAUGAAGACAUCGGUGUCGUGACAAUGACAUUACAGAAGCGCGACCCCCGCUUGCCAUGGGAGCACGUUAUUGAAGGCGAGGUUUCGCUGAGCAAUCGUCUGUUGUCUCAGCUGGAUAUCAAGAGAGAAGAAGAGGAGGAGGAGAAGCGCCAUCGGGAACGCCUGAUUAGAAAUCUCCUGCAGCGUACCUGGCUCUAUAGCCAAACCUAUCAAGCUGUUACUAAAGACGGAACCCAGCGUCCAGUGUGGUAUGUCAUGGAUGCACAUGCGUCAGCACUGUCGCAUAGCGACGAGCCGAACUUCCGCUGUGCUCCGUUCAUCUAUGCUCUGAACGGCCAAGCGUAUAGCAUCUACUGGCCCGUGAAGUCGCUGAGUGGUGGCGAAGUCUGCUCGAGGGAUUACGCACCAGCCUUGCUGGAUGUGGAGAGCAGCAUGCAGCGUCGUGCCAGACUCUGGGUGUGGAAUUCCGUGCACGAUGCCAGCAUGUCUGUAGGGAAAUGCCCUGACGAAUUCUUGCAGGCGCUCCGGGAAAUGCGCCAGCAGGAUGAAGAGGCGAGUACUCGUGAGGACGGAGUGAAGACAUCAGCUUCGCCGAGCUCCUCGUCUGACUUGCAGGUGACAUGCGUGGAGGUUGAGGAUGAGGCUCGUACUCAGCUCACUGAUGGGGUGGUCAAUGUCUUUUUGGAUCGACAAAGUGCCAGUGUGCCCUGGUCUGCAUGCUCUCUAUGUCGGGUUGUGCGCAAGCCAUCGGAGGCCAAGUGGUUUUGGUUGAAUUUCCGUCACUCUGAAUGGCAGGGCAAGGUGUCUUCAGCACACCGCCUGAACAGAAUUGACGGUGAAGAGUGCCUCAUUGAUCGUAGUCUGCUCUGCUACUUGCUUCGGUCAUCCGGUUAUGGCACCAGCCCCUGGUUUGUGCCGAUGUAUGAUCUCCACCGGCAGCUAGCUCAGACCAUGGCGGCCCACUGGGAGCGCGGUGUGCUCAGCCAUUGGCUGGUGCAGCCGGCUCGCUCCGACAUCAGCGUGGGCAUGAAGACAGUCGUGACCAGGGACGUGCGGCGUGUUGCCAGAAUGUCAGAGUCCAUUCCAUCCGUUGCCCUGCCCUACAACACUGCAACGGAUUUGCUGGAUGGUCAUCGCUACCUGCUUCACUACACGCUGGCUGUAUGCUCGGUGAAGCCACUGGCUGUGUUCUUGUCACUACGUCCUGUCAUUCGACUGGCGGCACAGGCAGCUUGUGACCAGGACCUGCUAGCAGAGUACACCGAUUCACCGGGAUUUGCACUGCCCGGCUGGUCUGAGAAAGACGCUGGACUGACCAUGCCCUAUGCUGAGUUUACUGGGAAGUUCAAGGAGCAACACAAGAGCGAAGGUGGUGUUACUUUCGAUGUGCUCCAGUACAGCAUCAGCCAUUGCCUGCGAGACGUGUUCAACUGUGCUGCCGAGCAUCUCUCGCCGUCAUGUGCAUCCAGUCUGAAUCCCAUCGCCAUGUAUGGAGCUGACUUUAUUGUCGACAAGACCCAGCUGCAAGCCAAGCUACUGGGCAUCACAGCACAGCCUUACUUCUCAGCCGAGGCUCUAGACAGCCUGGUGCGCAUCAUGGCUUCCAACAAGCCAUCGGAAACUAGCCAGCAGUUUGAAGAUGUUGUUCAAAUCAUCUAGGUAGGUGGUGGUGUAUUGCAGCCUUUCAGUUUUAUUACACUAUUCUCGCCAUGCCCCCGAGAACAAGUCCCUUUGGCUGGGGUAUUUCACUCUUGCUUCAAAGCCAGUUCCAUCCAUGCUUCUUGCGCCAAUUAGAUUAGAGGUAUUCGGUGUAUGCAUACAGCUCUAAUUUUCGGAUUUGACGUAUUUGCCAGGUGUACUACUGCCGCCAGCACAAGGUUAGGUGUGCGCCGCGUUUGCAUUGCACCUAUCUGUCUGUGCUUUUGUGUACAUCCAGUACAGCCCCUGCCGUACGACCGACCCCCUUCAGGGCUCACUCAUAGCCAAGGAGUCAUUAAUUGUGUGCAUGCACUGGUCUACCCAUGUUUACAACCCUGUUGUACAUAGGGACGUAACAUGCUAUUAUUAAAUCCGCUUUGUGGCACUGGAAAUGCUACUGCUGAACAUUUGCUCGUCGUGGCCUUCAGCCUGGUGAAGUGAAUUUUUGUUUUCCUGCAAUGCUCUUUCACCUGAAUUACUAUUUUUGCAGCAGGCAUCUCCAGACAGUUGUAAAGAUUUUUUUAAACAAUGCCUAACCAUGUACUUCAAAAGUAGGUAGUAGAGACCAUACAUGUAUACAUCAUGGACUAGCAACGUUAAUUAAACGUUAAUUAAAAUUCAUUCAAUACAAAACAUGUCAAUCAAACUCAUCAAGGUUCUUGUUCAUGUGGCGUGACUCCUUGAAAAUACUAUUAAAAUUUCAAAAAUACUCAUGACUCCUCGAAAAUACUAUUUCAAAAAUACU